AUGUCUGCCGUAUCACGAUCAGCCCUGCGGGCACUGCGGCCUUCGCCGAGAGUCUUCACUCGCCGCCAAUUCAGCAUCACCUCUCACAAGGCCACCGAUGGUGUCUUCCGCGCCUUGACCGAAUCACGGGUCCAUACACCAUGGAUAGAGGCAUUGCGCAAGAAGCAGCGCCAGGGCGAAGACCCGUCGCAGCCAUCAGGAAAGCCGCAUGUGUCUGCCGAUCGGAAGCUCGAGCCCAAGAAGAUGUCUGACAGUUAUCAUCGAGUUAUUCUUCCUCUUGCCCAAGAUCCAUGGUUACUAGACACUUAUCUGAAUUCCUCUGGCCAUAUCAGACUUGGCACCCUUUUCAUGGAUCUUGAUGCCUUAUCCGGCGUUGUUGCUUACAAGCAUACUGGCGAUGAAGUCACCACUGUAACCGCAGCCUGUGACAGAAUCACAAUUCGCAAUCCUCUCACCGAGAUCUGUGACCUCGAGUACAGCGGCAGAGUCACAUAUGCUACAGGACGUUCUAGUAUGGAAAUCACUCUGCAAGUGGCCAAGGCUCCCAAGGAGGGCGAGAAGGUCAAAGACGAAGAUGUUUUGUUGCAUUGUAGCUUCACCAUGGUCUCGUUGGACCCUGGUACUAAGAGGCCAGUCAAUGUUAACGCCAUCGUUCCCGAAACGGAAGAGGAAAAACAGCUCUUUGCUCUGGGAGAGCAGAAUUCUAAGCACCGCAAGGAACUGAAAACAAAUUCUCUGAUCAAACAUACUCCCAACGAUCUCGAGAGUGACCUGAUCCAUGCGCUUUGGCAGAAACAGCUGCAGUACCACGAUCCCAUGGAUCCACUGCGGCGACCUUCGAACGUGCAUUUCAUGAAAGACACCAAGCUGCAGACGGCCAGCAUCAUGCAACCGCAGUACCGCAACCGCCACCACUUCAUGAUCUUCGGCGGCUUCCUCCUCAAGCAAACCUUCGAGCUCGCCUUCUGCUGCGCCGCCUCCUUCGCCCACGCCCGCCCCACGUUCGUCUCCCUCGACCCCAGCACCUUCCUCAACCCGGUCCCGGUCGGCAGCGUCCUGUACCUGACGGCCACGGUCGUGUACACGGACCCGCCGAUCGUGGCCGCGCCCGACGAGCAGGAGCAGGCGGGGGAGAACAACAGGUACACGCGCGUCCAGGUCCGGGUCGACUCCAAGGUGCGCGACGUCGAGCACGGCGUGGCGAAGCCCACCGGCCAGUUCAACUACACCUUCACCGUCGAGAAGGAUGUCAAGGUCAUGCCGGAGACGUACACUGACUUCAUGAUGUACGUCGACGCGCGGCGCCGCGUCAAGCAGGUGGAAGCCAGCUUCGGCGACACUCCUGUGAAGGGUGAGCAUGUCGACCCUGGGGAGACGGCUAGAGUGACCGAGUAA